AACGAGCCGAAGCAACUUGCUCGUUCUGGUUUUCUGAGAGCGGUGCUUCUAAGGUCGUAGCACUAUGUCUGGUCGCGGCAAAGGUGGUAAGGGCUUGGGAAAGGGGGGUGCUAAGCGCCAUCGCAAGGUACUCCGUGAUAACAUUCAGGGUAUCACGAAGCCGGCUAUUCGUCGUUUGGCGCGCCGUGGUGGCGUAAAGCGUAUUUCUGGCUUGAUCUAUGAAGAAACCCGAGGAGUGCUGAAAGUGUUUUUAGAGAACGUGAUCCGUGACGCUGUCACUUACACUGAACAUGCCAAGCGAAAGACUGUGACUGCUAUGGACGUAGUUUAUGCUCUGAAACGCCAGGGUCGCACUCUCUACGGCUUCGGGGGCUAAGUUUCCAUCCGGCUUUAAAGUUGAAACAUCCUCAAAACCACAAAGGCUCUUUUAAGAGCCAC